AUGUCUGCUUUCUUCUAUGGCCAGCAGCAUCAGCAACAUCCGCACCAUGGCGCCGCCACUCACGCUCAUCCGAACGUCCACGGCCACCUAGGGGGUCGUUCCCGACGAGCCCCCAAGAUGGCUCCCCAGAAUGCCCAGCGUCAGUUCCGUGGUGUCAAGAGCAUGAGAGAGCUUGCUGAGGCCCCUGCUGUGACGGCUUUCCGCGCGAGAUUCGAAGCUGGCCGAUCUUUCGAUCUGGAUGAUGACCUGGAGUUCUGUCCGGGUCUUCUGACUGAGGACGAUCUCCAUUCAAUUCACUCGGCUUCUUCCGACCGAUCGUCGCUUUCCAGUGGUUCCCCCGAUACCUCGCCUCUUCAGCAUCAGAUUCAGCCCGUCCAGCAGGUCACCCCUUCGAUCUCCCUGUCGCCUGCGUCCAACAACGCCUAUGUCCAUGCUGCGGUCGGGAAUCUCGGUCACGCCGGCUACCAACAGCCUUCUGCUGCUGCGGCUCGCACCCGCAAGGUCAUCCCCAUCGUCAACCCCCAAACCGGGAUGACCUUGACUAGCCCGCCGACGUCCAUCUCCCCGGCUGCCCUGCAGAAUGUGCACCGCCGGUGGUAA